AUGCCACUGCAAUUUCUUAGAUUCUACACGCUCUGCCAAUUUGAUCUUGGAGAGCCAAGACGAGGGAUUUUGAAACACUCUCAUGGGCUGUACAAAAAGGCAACCUCCAAGUUUUCCUUUUGGAGAAAGCGAUCAGCUUUCAGUGUCUCUGAUUCGCUCAGCACAACAGACCAAAAUCGUUCCUACCGGGUUUUCGGGUCGAGCCUUCACACCAUCUCCCUCGACAUUUCCAUUUCCACCCGACUUAGCGCUCGCAGAUCACCGAAAAAUAACAGCAGCCUCCUCUUAAAUCUUCUUAAUCACCUCUAUUCUCAUCGAGCGCUACUCCAACGACCUCGACUAUCUCCGAUCCACUCCUCUUUGAACGCUUCCUUGCUCUUUGGCUCAGCUAGGAGCUGCUUGUGGGCAGCUAAAGGUUGGGUAUUGUUACUAGCAAACGGAGUACCAACGUACUUGUGCCUUUCGCUGUUGAGAAAAAAUAAUUCUGUGGUACGCCGUGGAGUGAAAGAGAAAUAUCUCCUACUUUGGCAGGUACGACGAGAUAUGAUGAGUGUGGGAACGAUCUUGGAGCAAGAAUUUAGAUAUUUGACUUUUGUUUCUGUACCCACCAGAGUAAUUCUCAAGCCUUCAGAGGGUGAUGGGUUGGAGAGCUGCUUAGACCUAGUAUUCCGUUUAUUCACUAUAGUACCAAAUACAGUUGUGCUAUUGUAUCAGCCAGAUAUUCACCACUCUAAAUGGUCGCAUCAACGUCAAGUCGGAGGGUCGUACUCUGCUCUUACUCUUACUCUUGAGACUAGGUCUUCGACUGAACUGUUCGAACUAAAAAUGACCUACUCAGCAGAUGAUGCGAGGGUGUAUAGAGAUGGAGACAACAACUACGCACUUUCUGGACAGUAUGAAGGAAGCAUCUUGACUAUUAAUGGCUUACAAUGUAACAACAGUAGGAUCAUACCACUUGGCUAUCGGCCUGAUUUUUGGACUGAGAUGUGGGGCUGUGAAAGCAAACGAUGGACUCUGAGUAAAUUUGGAGACGUCAUAGAUGGUGGAGUGAAAACGAACAAGUUAAAUAAAAUGACAUGGACAGGUAUCCUACCAGUACUAUUCUGUUUAUCUUUCUCUACCCUAGCACCGUCUCACCUAACGUGGAACAUGGCUAGGGUAAUACAAGGCAGUACAAGUCGGAAAUUACCGUUUCCCAACGCACCCGACUUGAAAGGCGUUAAUUCCUCCAGUUCUUCCCCUGGUCUCAUCCGCAUCGGCAAUUUGCCACCCGCACCCACAUCCCCUACUAAGCCAGAUAUGUUUAGACUCUUCCCAGCAGAACAUAUUGUCACAAACACGACCCUAAGCCGCAAAUACUCAUUCAAACAACUGACAGUUUGGCCAUAG